AUGCCAUUGGGGAAGGAGGUCCGCUCCUCUUCAGCCUCAGGAAGAUUAGAAACCCAACAUGUGUCCAGCAUCCUCUGUGAACUGUGGAGAACUGCAGACAGGACGACGGGGUCAGGUUGUUGCGUUGAGAAACUCACAGAUGACUGCAGCGAGGACAAACAGCAGCCUGAAUGGCUGGUGCGAGAGCUGCUGAGCCAGAACAGGCGAAGACACUCAAUCACACAAGGAAAUGAGGCUCAAAUGAGAAAACAACACCCUAUUAUUGACUCAACUCGCAGAUUGUGCAGCCUCAAGAUUGAUGAGACGAUAUCACUCGACAACCUCCAGAAAUUGAAACUAGCGUUCGAGGACUACCAUAACCUGACACAAAGUGAUGUGACACAGGGUGAGUUCUGCACACAUAUGAUGCAUGAAUACAAAGAGAAGCAGGAAACUGUGAGACGCAGCAAGCAGGUGGCUUUCACUCUGCCAGCCUCGAUGAAGACAUUGUGUCAUGGCAUCCCCAUCGUCAACAUCCACUCCAGCCAUGAUGGCACCAUUGUAACAGUGAGAGAAGACGGUGUUGUUUGCUGCUGCAGCCCUGAACUGAAACCACUGAAGACCAAACAUUUGUUUAAUGAAGGACCAGCAAGCAGGAAGUCAAAGUGGGCAAGUGACUUUAUUCUGAUGACAGAGUUUAACAAGCUGAUGAUUGGAACAGGGGACAGAGAGAUCCAGCUUUAUGAGCUUUCCACUCUGGAGCCUUACUGCCAGAUCAAUGCUCUAGAAACGGUGCCUUUGACAUUAGACUUUGGCUGCACUGGCCCUGAUAAAUGUUAUAUUGUGUAUGGAGACACGGAGGGAUGUGUUACUAUCAUUAUAAUAUCCUCUGUUGGAGAUACCCUCAGGUUAUGGAAUAAAUUACCGGAGAUUGAAAAUAUGCCCAACAUAGCGAUUGACGAUGCAGUGCUUUUUCCAAAUGUGACAUUUGUCAGAUGGAAGGUUCAUCAGGACUGGAUAACACAGGCAAAAUAUUUUCAUAGUUUUCAAGCUGUUGUCUCCUCAUCAAAAGAAGAAUCUACUUCGCUCGUUAUAGGCCGUGUGCUGCCUCUAACAGACGCUGAGCAGCAGUUGGAUGAUAUCAGAGAGGCCUGCUAUGAAGGUAAAACCAAGAAGAUCCAACUGAGCUGGACUCCGCAGCUCCGUGCAUCGUGUGACCAGACAGUUUUCAACAUAUCCAAAGGUGUCAAGACCUUUGACCUUUGUCAGAAGCACAGCCUUCUGGUCACUGGAGGCAUGGACAGACUGAUACGCAUGUGGAACCCACAUUUUUCUGGGAAACCUAACGGUAUUUUGAAAGGCCAUUCAGCUCCAAUCACUUACCUGCACAUCAUCCCAGAGAACGGUCAGAUCUUCUCUGUCUCUAUAGACUGCACUGUGAAGAUCUGGGAUAUUCAAGAUCAGUGUUGCCUGUUUACAGCAGACUCGCAAGCCAGCGGGAUUCAUGGUGACAUAUCUGCCUGCUCGUAUUCCUCUGCUGUAAAAUCCUUCUACUUUGCAGCAGACUGCAUUGCGGUGCUCUCCCUGAAGAUAAGGCCGAGGCUCCACAGCCGUCUGACUGUUUCUCAUGAUGAGACUGUAAUGUGCUGCGGAUACAGUGAGGAGUUCCGUCAGGUUGUCAGCUGCAGUGAGGGAUCCGUGGUUAAAGUCUGGGAUUUUGACACUGGGCGGCAGCUUUUUGAAUUUGGUGGCACCCAUGACCAGUCUGCCAUCACAUGCAUGGCUUUUGACCCCAAAGGGAGGAGACUCAUCACAGGUGGAAGAGAUGGUUGUGUAAAGAUCUGGAACUUUAACAAUGGUCAGUGCCUAAAGACACUUAGGAAAGAUGAUGAAUGUCACGAAGUGUGCGACUGCAUCUUUUUGCAAGUUCACAGGACUUUCUAUGUGAUGUCUGUUGGCCGGGACCGGAAGAUUGACAUUUACCCAGACAUACCUGAGGGCCUUCAUCAUGUCCAGAGGCCACAGCCUUCAUGGCAAGAUGAUCUGAAAAGUGGCCAUAAGGAGGACAUCCUUUGUGUGGCACAGUGUCCCCCAUCUCUCCUAGCCACCAGCAGCUAUGAUGGAGAGAUUAUAGUGUGGAAUGUAAUUUCUGGACGAAUACGGUGUCGGUUAGUCAGCCCUCUUCUAGCUGAACACCAAAAUGUUGAAGGACUGGAUACAAGUGUUCCAAGUAUAAUUUUCUUUAAGAACUCCAAGUUGCAGCACUUUUCCUCGGCUACAGCUCUGCUGUCGGCAGGAGCCAUGGGUUGUAUAAAUAUCUGGAACGUGCUCAGUGGAAGCAAAUUAGCUGGGAGUUUCAAAGCUUCUAAAUUCCAACAAAAGAUUACAAAACUGGCUAAAACAGCCAAAGACACGUUGCUGUACGCUGCUGACCGGAUUGGUUACAUCUAUGUUUACAACAUGGAAAAGUUUACUGCUGGGCAAAAAUCACCUAGAGCUGAAGGCUUCUGGCGUGCCCACACCAGCCGAAUUACUGGCCUGCAGAUUGUUGACAAUGAUCAAGUGGUGCUUACCUCAUCCACAGACUACACUGUGCGCCUUUGGAGCGCACAUGGAGAAUACAUAGGGACCUUUGGGCAGUCUGAGAGCUGGAGUGUCCAUAUAUCCUCCUCGUGGAAACAUCCUGCUGUCCCCUAUGAGGUCCUCAUUGAUCCUCUGAGCAUGCCUCAUCAUGAAAUUCUGAAUGUUAAAAUUAGUUCUGAUGACAUCGAUACUGACAAGACUGGGGCUCAUAAAGGUGAACUAAAGUCGCCAAUCAUCCCAUAUCGCUACAACAUCCACAGUGUCUGGGAUCUCAGUUAA